CUCAAAGCUACAAUCAUCGUCCAAGGUUAGCAUCACUCAACCGACCAUCACGACGGCCAAUUCGUCCCGCAAACCACCUUAGCACGACACAGAUCACCAUCAAUCAAAAUGGCGCACCUCAACGUCAAGCCGGACCCGGCCUACCUCAAAUAUGCCGGUGCGUGACUUCUACCCGACCUCGACUGCAACACCUUCGACUCGAGCGCAUUCUGACAAUGUGAAUAGCUAUGAUGAAGACGCGCCAUCACUACUUCCGAUGGACGCCCCGAACUGCCCGGCUCACCUUCAUUUACGUGGCCGUGGUCCCCGCCAUCAUGGGCUAUAUCGCCUACAAGACCGACGGACUCUGGGAUUUCCGAGCGAAGCGAAAGGGCGACCUCAUUUACGAGAAAUAA